UGACUCACAGUGUCGGUCACGUGACUAAGUCCCAUUUAUCUGUAAAGAAAACAGAAACUUUUUCAGGCAGACAGAAGGAGAGCUGUGUUAAAUCGCAGUUAACUAAACUCUACAAAAUGGGACUAAGGGAAGAACUUUUAAAGUCUAUCUGGCACGCUUUUACAGCCUUGGAUGUCGACAAAAGUGGAAAAGUGUCAAAGUCACAAUUAAAAGUUCUGUCUCACAAUCUGUGCACUGUGUUGAAUGUACCUCAUGACCCGGUUGCUCUGGAAGAACACUUCAAAGACGAUGACGAGGGCCCCGUCUCCAAUCAAGGAUACAUGCCCUAUCUCAAUAAGUUUAUACUGGAUAAGGUCCAAGACAACUUUAAUGGGUUGGAUUUCAACAGGAUGUGCUGGACACUCUGUGCCAGGAAAAACCUGACAAAAAACACUCUGUUGAUCACUGAUGACGAUGCCUUUAAAAUCUGGUGCAUCUUCAACUUCCUCACAGAGGACAAAUACCCGCUAACACUAGUAACAGAAGAGAUUGAGUACCUUCUAAAGAAGCUGACCGAGGCAAUGGGUGGUAUUUGGAUUGAGGAAAAAUUUGAAGAUUAUAAAAUCCAAUUGAACGCUAAGCAGCAAUGCCUUUCUGUUUGGGAACUCAUUGAACUGAUCGGCACCGGACACUUCAGCAAAGGAAUGGAUCGACAAACGCUGUCUAUGGGAAUUAAUGAGGUUUUUCAGGAGCUCAUACUAGACGUGUUAAAACAGGGUUAUAUGAUGAAAAAAGGCCACAGAAGGAAAAACUGGACAGAACGCUGGUUUGUGCUGAAGCCUAAUGUUCUUUCAUACUUUGUGAAUGAGAAUUUAACAGAGAAGAAAGGACAUGUCAUGCUGGACGGUAGUUGCUGUGUGGAGUCUUUACCGGACAAAGAGGGAAAGAAAUGCCUUUUUCUAAUAAAGUGCUCCGGUAAAAGUUUUGAGAUCAGUGCCUCAGAUAAAAAGAAGAAACAGGAAUGGAUUCAAGCUGUUCAGACCGCUGUCAACCUGCUGAAACAAGGCCUCCCAGCUCCUCACAAGGAAGCGCGUCAGAAACGGAAAGAGCUACGUCAGAAACUGCAGGCAGAGCAGGAGGCGCUGGAGCAGAGGAUGAAGGAGCUGCAGACCGCCAACGAGAGCAAGCAGCAGGAGCUGGAGACCAUGAGGAAGAAACUGCAAGAAGAUGAAGCCAGCGCUGCCGAGGAAGCGAGGAGGCGGCAGCAGACACAGACAGAGCUGCACGACCGCUACAGGACUGACCUGGAGAGGGAGAAAAUGGUGAGACAACAGAUGGAGGAGGAGGUUGCUCAGAAGUCCUCCGAGUUGGAGCAGUACCUGCAGAGAGUGCGUGAGCUGGAAGACAUGUACCGCAGGCUGGAGGAGUCCCUGGAGGAUGAGAGGCAGGCUCGGCAGGACGAGGAGACUGUCCGCAAGCUGCAGGCCAGGCUGCUGGAAGAAGAGGCGACUAAGCGAGCAGAGUUAGAGCAUUUACACUUACAGCAACAGAAAGCCAUUUCUAGGACCGAAGCCGAGAAGCAGGAACUGGAGCAACAGCGCAUUGUGAAGGAACAGGCACUGCAGGCAGCCAUGCUGCAACUGGGCCAACUUGAGAGUGAGCGCAAAGAAGCGCUGGAGCAGUACGAGGAGGUUAUGAAGAAGCUGGAGAAUGCAGCUAAUAAGACCAGAAGCUGGAAGGACAAAGUAGCUCAACAUGAAGGGUUAAUACGCUUGAUUCAGCCAGGUUCAAAAGGUCCACAAUUGAUCACUAACUGGGGAGCAGCAGCAUUUACUGAGGCAGAACUGAACCUGAGAGAGAAAAGCUGGCAAGAGAAAAAAAGCAAUGUGACCGAGUAGUAGAGCUGGCUGACGAAACCAGCGCUUUGAGCAUUCCAGAAGCGUCGUAGAGGUUCUAGAACAGCGGUCCUCACAGUUUUGACCACGGGCACACUAGUAUUUGUCAGGUCGAGGAUAUUGUCGUGAAUACAGAAUGUGUAAUAAAAGGGCAUUUUAAUACUGAUUUAUAAAAAAAGAACAAAAGCAGAGUACUACAUUGAAAUAUGUUCAGUUCUCCAUCCAAUCCAUUUAUUAUUGCAGUAUUUUAGAUUAUGCCACAGGAAUAAUGUUGAGCAGCUUUGAGGGUCACUGUUCUAGAAGCUUUACAGGAUAAAGCUUUCAGCUCCUGGUAAAGAACCAUUUCACUGAGCAGUAUCAAGGGAAUAUGAAGUAGAUUGCUAGUUUCUUGGUAAUUAAAUACAUCCACAGAUGUACCUAGCCUGUUACUGUUCUAGAAAUUUAUAUUUCUGUUCCUUUUUCUGAAUGCUUGUAUCUGUCUUUGUGUGAAAGUGUGUACCAUUUAAAUUUUUGCUAUAUGUCCUUGCUUUUCUCGAUUUUCAUCUAUAAUUUUUUUUUAUCAUUUGAAGGUAGUAUAGUUGUUCAAUUUUGUUUUCUAAACAUUCAUUUUUUUAUUAUUAUUUUAUAAUCCAGCAGUUGCUUGCUGUACUGAUUUUAGUCUUGUUUUAAACUCCUAUCUUCUGUCAAAGUAUUGAAAGAAAAAGCAAAGUGUUUUAAGUAUAUGGGGAUCCAUUGAAUGUCACUUGCUUCAGGUAGUUUACAAACUUCCUUAAGGAUUUAAUAGUUAGUGUAAUCUUUCUUUAAAACAAUAAUAUUUAUUGUUGUACAUCAGAACUAGGCUUGCUACUAUUCGAUUUUUAGUUUUUUGCCAAAUAGAUAAUUAAUAUCGAUGUUUAUUUAGAAAGGAUGUACUGUUUUUUCUAUAUUUUAUCCAUUGAAGCAGAGAUUGGGUGAAAUCGAUGUUUACACUUUAAAAAAAAAAAAAAAAACUUUUUCUGCCAUUGAGAAACGUCUCAUUUAGCGAAACCCCUUUAUCAUAUUCAACAUGCAACAAAACCAUGGUUACCAACAUUCUAAUUGAAAUAACGUUUGGUCACAGCAGAGCUAUGCCUUGCAUAGAUAUAGAUCCUGCAAACAUUUAAAAAUGGUCUCAAAUAAAACGUAGUAAACUCAGCAUAUAAAAGUGUAUUACACAGACAUUUAUAGCAUAAAUUUACGAGUAAAAAUAAUAUGCACAGAACAAAACAUUAGAUAGAUGAACAGAACUAAUUUGCACUUAUCAUUCAGAGUCUGAGCUCCCCCUCUCCUGCUUCAGCACAGCCAGACUCAGAGUCACUGGAAUGCAAGGCAGACGGGCCCGCUUCAUCCCGCCGCGGAGACUUCAGCCAUCGGUCAGGGUCUUGUGCACAAUAUUCAUUAAGUGUUUUCCUCUUGCGCCCUAUUUUAAAAUCAAACUAGUAACUGUCACCGUAUACCUAUAGCAAAUGCCUACCUACACCUUAACCUGCUAAUUUCAAAGUAGCCGCUUUGAAUGACAGGCGCUGUAGCUAGCAAAUGAAAGUGCACCGUCGGUGCAGGUCUUGAUGAUUGACAGUCAUUUAAGCGAAUGAGAGCAUUGUAGCGCUGCUUCAGUCAACGAGAUCUGUCAGGACGGUAAAAUGACAGUGAAACUACAGUACUACAGACCACUGAGGUGAUUGACAGCGACCCCUAGCCAUUCAGAGCGGAAAGGAGACGGGACAGACAGUAAGUAUAAAAACUACACAAACGGGAUGAUUUCUAAAUGAUUAUUUUUGGUAAGAAAAUAAAAAAAUAGCGAGUGGUUUUAUAGACAUUUAUCCUAUAUAAUUUCAGUCGAACUCAUAUUUUUGGGGGAAUUCAAUGUUUUAAAGAGCUUUACCGGUUUAAUAUCGAAAAGUAGCAAGCCUAAUCAUAACAUUGUUUUUAAACAAGGCUUUUAUUUGUGCAAGUUCCAUGUCAUCUCAUUUAUAUAUCAUGUGUUACUAAGUAAUAAUUGUGAACAAGUAGAAUGACACAUGUCUUGCAUGUCCUAAUAUAUUUAAUAUUAACCAAAAGAUCGAUAGGCAGCUUAUUACUGGAAAAAACAAUCCUUGCUUUCUUGUGCCUUUUGAAAUCACAGCUAAGAUUGGAAACCGAUAAUGUUUUUAUAAAAUGAAAUCAAUAAAAUAAAGGUUUUUUAGAUUCAAA